UCGUUCGACCUCCGCAUCACCGACGUCGGCGGCAAGAACUACCGCCUCUUCGUCGAGGCGCUGGACAAGGACAUCGUGCCCGCCGAGUCGAAGAUCCUCGUGAAGAAGAACCGCGUCACGGUCAAGCUCAAGAAGGUCAAGGGCGAGUACUCGUACGACCACUGGAGCGACCUCAAGAAGAAGGGCGGCAAGGCCGCCAAGGAGAAGGAGAAGGGCCGCGACCCGUCGGCGGGCAUCAUGGACAUGAUGAAGGACCUCUACGACAACGGCGACGACAACAUGCGCAAGAUCAUCGGCGAGUCGAUGAUGAAGUCGCAGCGCGGCGAGAAGAUGGACCCC